CAAUUAGCGAUUAGCAGUCACCCACCCACCCUUCUUCGUUUCAAACCAGUCGAAGUCGCCGAGGCAAAGAGAGACUACCACGAGGGUGUUCUGUUCUCAUCGUCACAUUACUCCAAAACUUUAUAUUAUAAUAUUACAAUACACAUCCUCCGAACGGCGAUAAAUCCGACCUUCUUCAAAUCCCAAAACCCUAACUCCAUUUGGUUUCUCUUUUCUGCGAUUCAUUCCUCACCAGAAAAGGAGAGAUGCGUAUGAAGCAAGCUAUAAGGAGCAUCGAUGCGUUUCCUCGCGCAGAGGAUCACUUGCUUCAGAAAACUCAAUCUGGAGCACUUGUUUCUGUUGUGGGUUUAGUGAUAAUGUCGUUGUUGUUCCUGCACGAGCUGAGAUAUUAUCUUACCACAUAUACGGUUCAUCAGAUGUCCGUUGAUUUGAAACGUGGAGAAACUCUUCCAAUCCACAUAAAUAUGACAUUUCCUUCGUUACCCUGUGACGUUUUAAGUGUUGACGCGAUUGAUAUGUCUGGCAAGCAUGAAGUGGAUCUCGAUACAAACAUAUGGAAGUUGCGCUUGAACAGUGAUGGUCAUAUCAUCGGCACUGAAUAUUUGUCUGAUCUAGUAGAAAAGGAACAUGCAGAGCAUAAGGAUGGUAAUAAAGAUGAGCAUGAGGAUUCGGACCAGAAAUUUCAAUUCUUUGAUCAUGCUGCAGAAAAUAUGAUCAAGAAAGUGAAGCAAGCAAUAGCACAUGGAGAAGGAUGCCGGGUUUAUGGGGUCUUAGAUGUCCAAAGAGUUGCUGGAAACUUUCACAUAUCAGUUCAUGGGCUAAACAUUUAUGUUGCCCAAAUGAUUUUUGAAGGAUCUAGUCAUGUGAACAUCAGUCACAUCAUCCAUGAUUUGUCAUUUGGCCCAAAAUAUCCUGGAAUUCACAAUCCACUUGAUGGGACAGAACGUAUAUUGCAUGGCACAAGUGGGACAUUCAAAUAUUACAUAAAGAUUGUACCGACCGAAUAUAGAUAUAUCUCAAAAGAAGUUUUACCAACUAAUCAAUUCUCCGUCACGGAAUACUUUUCCCCCAUGAAAGAUUCUGAUAGGACAUGGCCAGCUGUCUACUUCUUGUAUGACCUGUCACCGAUUACUGUGACAAUCAGAGAAGAACGUCACAGUUUUCUGCACUUCAUCACCCGGCUGUGUGCAGUAUUAGGUGGUACCUUUGCAUUAACAGGAAUGCUGGACCGUUGGAUGUUCAGGCUUGUUGAGGCUCUGACCAAACCUAAAGCUAGAAGUGCAUACCGUUAGAGUUGGGGUUUACAAUAACCAUCAACUUCAGAUGGCAUCUCCAAGGAAAUUCUUGAUGCAAGCUAGAUGAUAAGGUUCCUGACUUCCAGCAUUUGACCUUGGAUAUAUAAUGCAGAGGCAAGAGUCAAAGACAUUGCUUGUUGUAUUUAUUUAUUUUCCUUGGCUUCUCCCCUCUUGUAAUGAACAAUUUGUGAAAUGACAUUGUCAUCUUUUCUGUAUCUCUAAUUAUUUUUAGGUUGACACAGUGUCAUAGGUACUCAUGGUUCUUUUGGGACCCUAAAAUUUUGGUGAUUGUGAUAUAUAUUUAUGGACUUCACAAUUUGGUAA